AUGAGCUUACUAAUGGAAGUUGUGAGCACGAAAGAUAGUUCAGUGGCCUCAAGUCCUUUCUCUUCACCUAACAUCAGGGCCUUGCUCAAGAUCAAAAUUAUGUCAUGGAGCCAAGAGACUGGUUUGCCGGUUUCUCUUCGUGUUCGAGUUGGUGAUAGAAUAUUCAACCUGCACAAGAACCCAUUGUCUUCGAAGAGUGGAUACUUCAAGAAAAGAAUAGACAACUCGGCCAAUGUUGAGCUACCACAAGAUUUCCCCGGGGGACCAGAUAUGUUUGAAAUGAUUGUGCUAUUCGUCUAUGGUUCUUCCACAUUGGUCGACCCUUUUAAUGUAGCAGCGCUGCGAUGUGCAGCAGAGUUUCUUGAGAUGACAGAAGAUUACUGCUCCAGUAACCUCUGUGAGCGGUUUGAUCUCUAUCUGAACCAAGUGGUUCUGCAAAGUUGGGAUGACACCCUGAUUGUGCUUCAAAAGUGCCAAACGUUGCUUCCAUGGUCUGAGGAGCUGCUGAUAGUUAGCCGCUGCAUCGAGUCUCUGGCCUUCAUGGCUUGCAUGGAGAUUCUUGACCCAGAGAGGAGACGGGACCAACCAGUUGUCACAUUGGAGGCAUUGGCCAGCCAAGCUUGGAACUGUGAAACAGUGAAGGAGAUAGUGAGCAAGGACCUCUGGAUCAAGGAUCUGAUAGCUUUACCGUUUGGAUUCUUCAAAAGAAUAAUAGGAUCUUUAAGAAGACAAGGUAUGAAAGAAAAAUAUGUAAGCCCUCUCCUUGUUUUCUAUGCAAACAAAUGGGUACUCUCCAAGAAGACACGCCAAUUUUGGGAGAAAUCCACUGAGAAAAUAGGGAAUGAUGACACAAAUAACAAAGUUGCAGCAAUCCUCCACGGCAUACUUAAUCUGCUGCCCAUGGGGGAGAAAGCUGGUAGAGCUAUUCCUGUCGGAUUUUACUUUGCACUGCUUUCUAGAUCCCUUGAAGUUGGUUUGAGAGGUGAUAAUAAGGUCAAGUUGCAAGAUCAGAUAGCGUGUAUGUUGCACUUUGCUCAAGUGGAAGAUUUUGCCCUACCGAAAAUUGGAACAGAGUCAAUUUCUUCUAGCAUGGAGUUGGCUGCAAUGGAGAGCAUAAUGUCAACAUAUGUAUCAUCUAACUUGGAUACGAACCAUACUCCUUCGGAAAGCAACUCAAUAGUUGCAGAGUUAUGGGAUGCAUAUCUCUCCCAUAUAGCUCCAGAUCCAAACAUGGGACCUGAAAGAUUCAUGGAACUCAUUGAAAGAAUACCAAUCCCUUGCAGACAGAGCCAUGAUCAACUUUACAGGGCAACGAACACAUUCCUACAAGCACAUCCAAGUAUAUCACAGGAAAAGAAGGCGGCAGUCUGCAAGUAUCUCAACUGCCAAAAACUGUCACAAGAGGCAUGCAUCGAAGCUGUUCAAAAUGAGUCAAUGCCACUACGUUUGAUUGUCAAGGCACUUUUUGUUCAGCAGCUCAACACACACCAAGUUUUCAAAGAAUGCUCAGACUCAUUUAGGUAUACACAUUGUGGAGAGUUCUCUGGAAGCCUCUCAAGCUCUAGGUGUCCAAACUCCAAAAGCCAGAAUCUAGGAGAAAGUCCAUACAUGGAUGGAGUAGAGCCAAGCAGUAGACCUUUGAGUCUCUUGUUACAAAAAGAUCUUCCGACACAGAGGCCUGAGUUUUCAAGAAAGGAAUACGAGUCCACAAGCUUGAGAAUUCAGAAUCUUGAACAAGAGCUCAUGUCCUUGAAGAGGAGCCUUCAAUGGCAGAACCAUUCAAAGACAACAGAACCAAUUUCAAACAAAACACAGAGCAUCAAACCAUAUGGUGUGGAAACUAGAUCUCUGAGCAAAAAGAGGAACCCUCUAGAACAAGUGACAGGUUGCAUUGGCUCUGUGAACUUUGCUUCGCAAAGAAAGUAUGCCAGUCGACUACUGAAGGUCUUUCACCACAUUACCUUAUUUGGAAGUAGGAAAACGAAGAGAAAGUCAAGUGCUCAUGGUCUAUGGUCCAAGUUAAUGUAGCAGAAUAACUAUCAGCAUAAAAUGCAUGUAAUUGAUCCUCUCUGGAUCUAGUUGGGGAAAAGGAAAUAAGAUGUACGAUUACAUA